CUAGAUCUAUCUACAGAAUCAACUUUCUAUGAGGCUUGGACCCCAACAAAAACAUGAUGUGAUUUAGAUCUAGAAGUCUAGAUCUGUUGUUAAACUAUUAGUUAGUGCUUUAAAAGUUCAAAACAUAUUAUAACUAGACUUGUUAUUUUUUAAAUAAAUGUAUAGAGUCUAGAUCUAGAAUAGAUCUAGGAUCUAGAUCUAGAAUGUCCCAGUUGACAAAAUCAAAUUCAAGUGCAUCAUUUAAAACUGUUUUUCUUUUCAUCAAUGGACACCAGCGAGUUGACGAGAUUCCUUCCAUAAUGUUGACACGGAAUAAAAAAAAACUGAUUAAUGAUAUUUUGAUAAAAAAUUUAAAGGAUGAAAAAGUAACAAUAAAAAGUACUGCACUUGUACUCACCACUGAACUCCUUAGGAUUUAUACAAAAGAAGCAUUGUCAAGAUCAGCAGAACAAGCUAAGAAUCAGGGUGAAAAUAUAGUUACAUCUGAACAUCUUGAAAAAGUUUUGCCACAACUUGUAAGUGGUCUUUAAAAUUCUUAUAUGAUAAGAUCAACUAAUGACUAUGUGUUAUAACCACCUUGGAGUUGAAGAAUUUAAUAUACCCUAUUAUCAAUAUAAAGUAGAGUAGAAUAAUCAGUAACAUUCUUGUUUAUUUAAAAAAGAUAGUUAUUAAUAUGUUAAAAACGAGGACUCACCCACUCAUGAAUAUAAAUUAUACUAGCUGUAUACCCGUGCUCCGCCACGGUGAAUCUUUUUUUAAAUGUACCAACUUGGAAACAGAAAAAAACUAAACACGCUUAUACCCGCGCGUUUGUCAGUAUCCUCAGAGUUUACCGCGCUGCCCGUUUCGCUAUGGUGGGGAUAUGGAUAUUACCUCAGAGUUUAUGGUGAAAAAAAAUUGAGAGCCAGCGCUCUCACAAACGUCCGCCCCGAAACUCCCACAGGGUACCCCUGCAAUUGGACGAAUAUUCCUUCAGCGCACCUCGCUGCGCGCGUUUAGCUUAUACCCGUGUGGAUAUAGAUAUUACCUCAGAGUCCCCGCAUUGGGGCGGAUAAUCUAUAAUCUAUAUAUAUAAUUCUCUUUUGGGAGACGCUAGAAAACAAGCUGUAAGUGUAAGCGCGCUCCCUACCUCCCCACCCCUACAUGGUCUGGUGAGCUGUGUUCACGCUAAAUGUUUACAUUAAUCGUAGAGCCGGGUUUAGUGACGGCUAUUAGGGGCAGAUAAUUUAGUUUGAAACGAUUUUAAACUUAGGGGAGGUAACUAAGAGGAG